AUAUGACAGUGUACACCGGGUCGCCGUGGUGAGCUGUGCGUGGGAUAAGAGGAAGGAAAAGGUUUCUUGCGGCAGGCCGCGUCCUGGAUACCAGAAUGGAACUCAAACAUGCUAUAAGGGCCUUCAUUCUAACAAAUAUUCUAUCAGUAGUCCUCGCAACCUUCGGACACGAGCAUGUACAUAUAAGGAUACAUUUGCCAGAAAUAGUGCAACAUCACGAAAAGAAAAUCAUAAAAUAUGAGGAUCACGGUGGAGGCGGACAUGGAGGCGGAGGUGGUGGAGGAGGUGAUGAUCAUCAUAUAGAGGUUUCCGGUCCCGGAGACAUAGGAGGCGGUUUUGGAGGUGGCCAUGGUGGAGGUUUUGGAGGAGGUCACGGAGGAGGUCACGGAGGUGGUUACGGAGGGGGCGGUGGUUUCGGAGGUGGUCAUGGAGGAGGACACGGAGGUGGUGGUGGUUUUGGAGGAGGUUUUGGAGGUGGUCAUGACAUUGGUGGUCACGAUAUUGGCGGAGGUGGACACGGAGGUGGCGGUGGCUAUGGCGGAGGCGGUGGAUUUGGGGGAGGACACGGAGGUGGCGGCGGUGGUAUAAUUAUCGAACAUGGAGGACACGGUGGCGGUGGCGGCGGUGGCUUUGGAGGUGGAUAUGGAGGCGGACAUGGUGGUGGUUUUGGAGGUGACCACGGCGGCGGAUUCGGAGGAGGAGGUGGAUACGGUGGCGGUGGUGGAUUUGGUGGUCAUGGAGGCGGUGGAUUUGGCGGACAUGGCGAUUUUGGAGGCGGCGACGAUCAUCAUAUUGGCUCCAGCAGUUAUGGCAAUAGUAUAUCUGAUUUUGGCAGCAGUGGCCAUGGCGGAAGUUACAGUUCUGGCAGUGGUUUUGAUUCUUUUUCAAGUGGCCAUGGCGGUGGCGGCGGCGGCGGCGGUGGCGGUUACGGUGGGGGCCACGGCGGCGGAGGCGGCGGAGGCGGUGGUCUCUCCAGUUAUCACAAAAAGAAAUAA